AUGUUACGCUGUUAUCAAAAGGCCUUAAGAGAGUUAGAAGAAAGCAGAGACAGACAGAAGGCCGCAAGCGAGGUUGAACAACUGAACCUACUUCACGGCGAACAAGUCGAGAAUCGUGAACAUUCGGUUAGAGAUGGAGAAAAAGUCGAAGGUAAACGUGAUAAAAUGCAAAAGAAAUCCCACAAACAGGAGGAUUUUUCUACAGCAAAAAGCACAUCGCGUAAGCAUCAUAAACCUAAGAAGAAAAGGGAAAAGGAGCAGCCGGAAAAGAGGAAAAAAAAAGAAUUGGAAACUGUACACGAUUCAACGACUAUCAUCGAGGCAGCAGCUCUUGAAUGGGAUGAACAGCUGAAAUAUAAUCAAAAUGGAAUCAACAGGAAAGCGAGGAAAUCAAAGAAAAGACAUGGUGAUGAAGCAACUUACACAAAUGGCGAUAAAAGAUGCGAAACUCAGGCAAAGAAACAAAAAAAUGACUUAGAGAUUGUUUCAGAUACAGGAAAGAGGAAAAAGAAAUUAAAAAGAGUGCACACACCAGAAUUUCCAGAGGGUACAGAAGAAAAUCACAAGAAGCUUAGUGACGACCUAGAGAUUGUUUCAGAUUCAGAGAGGAGGAAAAAGAAAAAGAAAUUAAAAGGAGAGCACCCAUCAGGAUUUCCGGAGGGUACAGACAAAAAACGCAAGAAGCAUAGUGACUUAGAGAUUGUUUCAGAUACAGAGAGGAAGAGAAAGAAAUUAGAAAGAGACCACCCAUCAGAAUUUUCAAAGGGUACAAUAAAAAAACACAAGAAGCAUAGUGACUUAGAGAUUGUCUCAGAUAAAGAGAGGAGGAAAAAGGAAAAGAAAGUAAAAAGAGACCACCCAUCAGAAUUUUCAAAGGGUACAGUCAAAAAUCACAAGAAGCAUAGUGAUGUAGAGGUUGCUUCAGAAAGAGAGAAGAAGAAAAAGAAAAAGAAAGUAAAAGGAGACCACUUGUCAGAAUUUUUGGAGGGUACAGUCAAUAAACACAGGAAGGAUGAAAAAAAUAAUGGUGAAAAUUGUACUACAAGUGAUCAAAUAACAGAUAUAAACAAGCAGGCAUCUGUGGAGCAGUGUAUACCAGAAAGUUCAAAACAUGAUGUAAGUUCUCAAGGAGAAUCUUCUCAGUCAAACACUCAUCAUUCAACAGACAGCCCUGGAAAGGUAUCUCUAAGACCUAAUCACAAAAAGAGGAAGAGAGACAAAAGCAAAGAUAAUUUGAUUGGAAACAGAACCCUCAGUGAAAGUGUUGUAAAUGGCAAUAAUCACAGAACUGGAGUUACGGAGAAUGUAACUGUUAAGCCAAACAUUGAUAAGGCAAAGUUAGCAGAAGCUAUAAAGAAUUCUGAGAUAAUUCAGGAAAACUACUACCUUUCUAAAGCAAAAAGAAUUGAAUUCAGUGAACAAGGUAAGCAUCCUUUUUCUUUAAUUUCAUUUGUAUCACUUCAGUUGUAGUAUAAGAUAUGGUAACUGUUUAUCUCCAACAGUACUCUUACAAGUCACUGAGUAACAUAGAUGUACAUAUGCAUGGUGUGUGCACUUCAGUCCAUGGUUUAAGAUAUAACGUGAGCAAUGAACAAAGUUUCUGCUUGUAAAUUGCAGUACAGUAUGUGUUAAACCACUGGUAUGGAGAUUCACCAUUCCACAGUCACUUUAUCUUUUGAUUGUCGAAGUAAAGUUAUCUUAAAUUAAAAUUUUAAUUUUUUAAAUAAAUCAUUCAAAUGUCCAUUAUGAUAAACGCACACACAAAUGACAGGUUUCAAGUUUGUUUCAAGAAAUCGUGGGCAACUAAGUUGUAAUUGGUUUGAGCUUUGUAUAUGAUUGGUUGAGAAAGUAUCAUUAGUUUUCUGAAUCAAUCAUAAAACAAAGUAAUGCAAACCAAUACAAUCUGGGAUUUUGUUCCACACUCACUUGAAAAUUUGGCUACAAUUAUGUCUUGAUUAUCUUGUAAAGCAUAGUUCAAAUUGAUCUCUUAAUGAAUAAGCUAGGGUUUUGGGAGAAAGUUCCCAAGUUAACCAUUUUUCUUUUUUAUUUGAAUUUUUGAUAGGAAUAACCAUAAGAAUAGGACAAUGGUCCACACAUGAGAUGGAGUUGUUAAGAUAUAACAUGGCUCAAUUUCUGAAGGUAUGAUGGCAAAUAUUGACCCAAUGCAGGGCCCUAACUCGGUGGAUGGAGCAGUACGUUUUGUUAACACUUACCUGCUGAUUAAAACUUAUCUGAUUGGUUAAUUAUCAACAUGAGAAGAUAAAUUAUGUUAUUUCAUCUAUUGAUAUCAUAGCUAGUAUAUUAGCUGUAACAUGAUUUACACUAAAAGUCAGAUUACUGAAGAUUACCUUCUUAUCUACACCUGUCUUAAGUUUGUAGUAUCCUUUAUUUGUUGACAGUGAAGAUGUCUGGGCAACUUAAUAUAAAUGGAUGAUUAACACACCCUGAAAGUGAAAAGAAUACAAGUUGUAUACUAACCCUGUAAAGAUUUGAGUAGGGUGGUCAUCUGAGGGUCACAGAGGGAUGAAAUUUGUCCUAAAUGAAAGCAUUAUUAUCUUUUUCUUAAACAAGUCAACCAACAAUUCCAAAUAAUGAGAUUAACCCCUUGAAUUAAAGAAGGGACUUGGCUACCUUCUCACCGUUUUUAGUAUGACAUCAAACAAACAGAUGAUGUGAAUAGACAAGAGUAUCAAAUGGAGAAAGUUAUUGUGAUGUAGUGCCAAAUCCUCUCAACUAAUUUAGAAGGAACUGUGUAGCACAAAGAGGGAAGAAUUUUGAGAUAAAUCGCAUAUGGGGAGAUAUAGGGUUAACUGAAGGAUGGUGAAAAGCAAAAAGCAAGAUACUGCUUUCAACUAUUAUUAAUUCUGGAAAUCGGGCACCCUGGCUUUAAGAUAAACAUUUACCUCUAAUGGUGAUAUUGAAAUGAAAAUUCUGCAUCUGUUUUCUAGUGUCAUAACCUCUCAGAUCCUGCCAGGCUCCUGUUUGCUUCACGAAAUAAGGAUUCAGAAGAAAGGAUUUAUUGGACUCGCUUUGUCCGUAGAAAUAAACUUCUCAAAGAGCUUGGUAAGCCAAGUGUAUCCUUCUUGUCCCUUCAAUUAUCUUAGCAUGAACAUUUGUGAUACACAAUUAUUAAUUCAACACUCAAACAAGUCUUAGGUUAGUCCAUUUACUAUCAUGUUACACUGGGAAUCUGCUCUCUAGGCCCCUGUUGUACUAAGGGUGGAUUACUCUAUCCACUGGAUAAAUCUCUAUCUGAUGGAAGCCCAGUUUGUUUUGCUAACACAUAUCCUCUGGAUAGCAAUUUAUCCCUUGGAUAGUGUUAUCUGCCCUCUGAUCAACUUGACCCAGACAGAUAGAUAUCAGUGCUGCAGAUGGAGCUAUCUACAAUGUCUAUGGUGGAUACAACCUUUUACAUUGCAAAAAUAAUAAUAAUUAUUAUAAUAAUAGUAAUAAUGAUAAUAAUGGUUUAUUUAACAGAUCCAUAGAUGGCUCUUCCCAGUAAAAUUACAUUAUUUGCCAUUUUAAAUAAAUUUACCCUAAAAAAAGUUAAGAAAAUUAAAAAAUAUAUUCCUAGAAAAGAUUACACAACACAAUUCAAAGUAGAUGUAGGAAUAACAGAUUUGAAAUUAUAGUAAAAUUGGCUAAUCACUUUGUGUUCUACAACCUAAAAAUUUUGCUUGAAUUGUGUGGUAGUAGUAGUAGAUACAGCUAUCAUGUUGUUCUCAGAUACAGCCUAUACAAUUUACAGUAGAUACAGUUAUUUACGCUGUCUAUUGUAGAAACAGCCAUAUACACCGUUCAUAGUAGAUACAACUAUUUGCAAUGUCUACAGUAGAUGCAACUAUCUACCAUGCCUUAUCUGGUUAUAGAUACAGUGUAUCUGCACUGACUAAAGGAGCUACAAUCUUUUAUUAUUGCUAUGCCAGAUACAGUAAAUCAUCCACAGUAGAGGUCCCUAGUAACACAGUUUUCAGUAGAUGUAGGGUAUCCACACAGGUUGCAAUAAAUGCAUAAAUCUCCUCUCUGUGUACCGUAGAUACAACUACAUGUAUGUUUAUUGAGACAGUGUGCACAAUAUAAAGAGCUAUGUAGGCUCUCCUCUUUAGUUACAUCUACAUGUAUCUACCAUGUCUGAAUCAGACAAAGCUACAUGUAUCAGCACUGUCUCUGUUACAUGUAGAUACAGCUGCCUUCACUGUCUAUGACAGAUGCUAGGGACCUUAAGCAAAACAGGAUAGGGACAUGAAGGAGGGCAUGGCAAAAAAAGUAUCUAGAGGGUAGAACAAUAGCUCAGCAUGUGGUUUAAAACUUUGUACAUUUCUUUGCCAUGCUCUACAAGAUAGCAACUUGAAAUCACCAAAAUUUGCACAGUCUGAGAUCAGAAACCAUGAUGGCAAAUUAUUUAUGUUGCCAUUUGGAAACAAACGCUGCCAUGUAUGUUAUGAUGACAUUGAGGUGUGGCUCUAUAAGAGACAGUAAACACAUCCAGCCAUUUGCAAAUUUGUAACUAAAAACAGAACUUGAUUUUUUAAUCAACAAUUUGUGUGGUUUGAGAACAGAAACCCUGAUGGCAAAUUAUUUCAGUUUCCAUUUGGAACUGAAUGCUAUUCAUAUAUGUUAUGUUGGAGUUGAAGUGUGGCGCUGUAAUUGACAGUGAACACACCCAGCCACACACAAAAUUCUAACUACAUUUCAGAAAUAUAAAAUAAUUUCAUUUUUUAUUCUAUGUCUUCCCUGGUGUGGCUGUCAUGACUGCCUGUGGUCCCUGCAGUUACAUGUAUCUACACUACCUACAGUACAUGUAGAUACAGCUAUCUACAUAAACUUAACCUUAUUAAGGGGAUAUUUGAUGUAAUACUGGAAUUUCUUCUGUUUGAACAUGAGAAUUUCUCUGACUUAAAACGGUUUGACCUCUCUUUUAUACACCCUUGAAUGUUUGUCAAUAUUCAACGAUCUCGUAGGUAAAGGUAUCCAAAGGUCACCACUUUCUAUCUACCAAUGUGCAAGGAGGAUUUAUGAUGAAAAGAAUUAUGUUGGAACGUAAGUUUAUAUAAUUUUGUGUUGGCACAGAUUUCAUACUUCAUCAGUAUUGAAAUUCGGCACCCAACUCUGAAGGCAUAGUUUUGCUUUAGUGAGCAUUUAACAUUUUAAAAAUUGCUUCAACUGUUAUGCUUUACAACUAACUAUUCAGAAACGUUGAUGUGUCUUUAAAAGAGUGAACUGCAUGUAAAAGGAAGUGCAACGUAGUGAGGCAAAUGAAUGUCUGUAGACAAAAAUUUCCAACCACAUGGGCCAAUUCACUGCUCCAACCAGAAAACUUACAGAAAAUCUUGGCCAGCACUACAGGCUACAAUUUUCUGUAAAUGAUCAACUUCCACAGUGAAGCAGAUCUUUGAUACCAUUUAACCAUUUUACCACUGAACUUUUUAACUUGCAAGAUUUGAUUGUUCAUUCUCCCCUCUAGCUGCUACACAUUUCCUUGCAAAUUAGUUGUGAGAAUUUGGUGUUAAGAUCAUGAUAUCAACUUCUACCUGAUAAGUUUGAGUAUUCUCAUUACCUGUUUGAUGGAUAGUGAAAGGAUUUUAUUAAUUGUUGUUGUUUUGUGUGUGUAUUUAACUUAUCAUUUGUGUGGUGCUCUUCAUUGUUUUCAUGUGUUUUGAUUUUUCUGCAGGUACACUGAAAGUGAGAUUCAAAAAUUGAAAAGGUACAGUUCACCAAGUAACCAAUAAUAGAUGGACUGUGUUUAGUUUUCCUCAAAUUUAAAAAAAUUAUUACAUUCAAGCCCACCGGUGAACUGUUAAACAUCCAGUGUGUAGAAUAACGUCUUUUUUGUUGCUGUUAUGGAGUUCAGUUCCUAUUCAUUUUCACUCAGGUUGGCGGAAAUACAUGGCUCAGAUUGGGUUGGUAUUGGUGAAGUGAUGGGUAGAAGUUCCAUGUCUUUGAACCGCAAGUAUGCAAAACUAGUAAAUGGUAGGUACAUGUACAGGGGUGUAUAAAUGGGGGCAAGGGGGGGGAGGUCAGUAGAAUAGGAAGGGUGGGUAGGGGAGAUGGGAGUGGAAAGGGGGCAUUUUCACGUUCUUGUUCUCCCGUGUCUGACCAGUGCAGCUGUAAAUGAACACUGUUCUACAACAAGAUUAUUUGGUUUUACCUACUGAGUUGAUAAUAUUAAGUAACCACCGUAAAGGGUUUAUAAAGCUGACGCUUCGGGCGUUAGCCCUUCGUCAGGGUUAGCCGAAUAUCAGGUUUAGAAACUCUAUAUGGUGGCCCCUUUGCAUUAUUAACUCAGCUGAUAAAACAAAAUUAUAUUUUUACACCUCCCACUGACGCAGCACCAUAGUUUCUCUAAAAGCUUUCCUCCUUUAUCCAUUUGAAGUUCUGCAACAGCCGAGUGAGCUUCAUAAACGAUGAAUGAAAAAGUCCCAAACAUACCUAAUGAUCUCAUCUGAGCAGACAUUUCCCCAACAGUAGUGUGAGGCGGUUUGACUUACUUUACAUGUGCGUUACCCCAGUUUCUGUCGAUUAAGUAGAAGUCGAUAAAGAUAAAAGAUAAAACUAGGGCCUAAAUCAGUCAAAACAGAGCGUCCAGGGUUCCGCUUCUCGAAAGUUCCGGUAACUUAAUGUGCCCGAAGCCACAUUUUAGAAUCAAAAGUUAAAGAAUAGAGAAGUAGACUCUGGCGCCCUAACCAGUCCAUUUUGUCUCUUAUGCUGCUAGUUUUACUGUAUAAUUCUCAAUGCUUUUGAAAUCUCCAUUGUGAAUAAAAACAGAACAGCUUUACAGGGCCAUUAAGUCACCAGGACCUUCGAGAAACGGGCCCUAGGAACGUGUGUGUUACAAUGCUGUUUUAAUGAGGCUAAUCAACAUAAUUUAAAUUUAGCUGAAAACUGCAUGACCAGAUGCUACGUAGCAGUCAUACAAUUGCUACUCGAUGCUCUCUUCCUUACAUAAUUUGGUUUUAUCAACUGAGUUAAUCAUGGAAAUCGGCCACCCUAAAAAGUUUCUCGCCUUGGAUGGUAACCGGUCAAGUCGCCCGAGAGUCAUCUCGCCCGAAGUCAUGUAACAACCCCACAUUGACGUAGCACCGCAGUUUCUCAAGAAACUAAACCCCUAUAGGCCUUCUUAAGUUUUUCCUGUCGGGUAACUAUGCAUACGGAGACGUAUAAUGAGAGUUUGUUUCUCGCGGCAGUGUGUUGUACAUAGUUAACUUAGAGGGGAUGAUAACCGAACACGCUGCAUGUGGAAAUCUGUUUGUUUUCAUUCCGGUAGUUAGUUGUAUAGAAUGUUUAAUAGAUACCGGAAAGGAGAAAAAUAUGCCCUUGCUCCUGCACACAAUCGAAGUUCAAAUGUUACAGGAUUGUUUCAUACAUAGAUGCGAGAGAAUGUUUUUUUAUAUAUAUCUAUCAGCCACGUUCAAACCCUCCUUGGGUUUUGUGAAAAAUACGUUUAAAGCUUGUUGCGAAUAAGGGAGGCUAUGAGUAGACGCUUUGUUCUGUUUUCAACAGUUAAACCGUUUUCUCAAGACUCUUAAAGCGUCUUGAUUCGUGAUUUUCGAAAAUUGAUUCUCAACUCGAAACUCGAUUCUUUAUUGAUUCUCGAAGCUUUCGAGAAUGGAGUUUCGAGUCGAGACUGCUAACUCACAUCAUAGUAAUAAUCCAAAUGCUUUACCCCACAACAUCAGCAAUUUAUUGUUCAUGGCCAAGGUAUUGAAAAUUAAAGUUUGUUCAUGAUUCCUUCACAGAUGAAGUAGAAGAAAAGAAAGGAAAAUGGACAGAGGAGGAGAUUAAGCGUUUGAACGAAGCUGUCCAUGUUGUUACAAACACUUCUGAGGAGGAGGCAGUUUAUCAUGACAUUUACUGGCCGGCAGUCUCGCAGAUGGUCAAAUCAAGGGGUACUGAACAGUGUAGAAGAAAAUGGUAAACAUUCUCAACGUUGGAAAAAUUAUUUCGAAUCUCAUUCCUACAUCUCUUGCAUUUAUUUUUUUUUAUUUGCAAAUUGUUUUUUCACGGAAGGGGGAAAGGGUGGGGUGGGUGGGUGCAACACAGCUGUGUACGUAUCGCACGGAAUGGACUCAUAGUUUUGUGGUCUUGGGUUCAACAUUUCCUCCCAGCUUUUGGCUGGAUUUGUCCUCAGUUGCUGCAAAUUCAACUCCUUGGCUGCGUUUUGUAAAUAAGCAACUGGUUUGCUUCCAGGCAGCUGGUGUUUUUAACCACUCUACAUGUAUGGUCAUUUAAUAUGUCUGUAAGCUUUGAGCGUUGAACUUCAAACUCCGUCAUAGUUGGAUGGUUAGUAAUCAUUGUUAGUAUAAUUACGCACGCUCUGAUUGAUCGAGGAUUGCAUUAUCUCUCACAAUAAUUACCUCGUGCAAGGUGAUUUCCGUGUGACACUUGAUUUUAAAAUGGCUACCGCGCGUUUUGUCGAUGUUACGCAGGAAGUGAUAAACGUAAUAGAAGAAAAUACAACUCUGAAGAGCACAAAAGAUUAUUCUAAGUUUGGCGUAACAAUUACUUAAAGUUACCGUGGUAAGCAUGCGUUUGUUACUUUGUGCAUCGUGAACUACUUCUAAAUUUACAGAUUCCAUGCCAUGCAAUCCUUGCUAAUCCCUUCCAUUCUUAACAUUUUCUCCGUGAAGUGUUACCCAUUUUAACGUUAUAAAACUACCAAGGAGCUUUCUUGCAGUAGCCGGGGACAUUUUUCCAUAAGAUUCCAAAACCAAAGCCAAGCACCACUCGACUUGGUCACUCGCGUUUUCCCAAGUUUCAUCCAGUGAGGUUCCCCACCCACCCCUCCCCUCUUCCACACAAAGCUCUCCAAGCUCCUCCUUGUAGAAUUCACAUUCGCUCUGUUGAACGUCGUUUCUUUAUUAUUAGUUCCGGUUUUACGACUCUCAGUAGAAAAGCUUUGUAUUUUAAUAGAGUAAUGUUUUUGAUAAGAGAUCCGAUGUGAAAAAUUUGCUUUCCCAUUUUAGGUUGCACAAGCUGUGCUGGAGCAUGAAUGACAAUGAGGUCCAGAGAUGGACGAAAAGUGAUGACAUGACACUUGUGGAAAGGUUUGGUGAAUGACUUUUAAUCCAUUCGAAAAAAAAACCAAUAGAUUUUACAUGAUCUAAACUCGAAGAAGAUGGAUGAUGAAUUUUGAGCUUUGUCACAAAAUGAAGAGGAUAGAAGCUUCUUAUUCUUGGUACUCAUACGGCGCUCAGGCUUUCGUCAUUGAUUAUACCAUUGUUAUGCAGAACCCGUAUAUUUCUUAGUUUGUAUGACUCUGAAGUCGAGGAAGAAUGUGAUGUGGGGUUGAAUAGACAUUUAGUCUGCCUUCGAAACAUAGACUCGAUCGAGAACCUUGCACACCAGUACUUUGCAAAGAUCAUGUUUUCGCGCAAAAGCUUACUUGGUAUUUCAUUGGUGUUUAUGUAAUAAAUUCUUUUUCUUAGCCUGUAUGAGUCUGAAUACAUGGAGGAGUUUGAUGUGGAUUGGAUGGACAUUCAGUCCGCGUUUGAAACGUAAGUUCAACAGUAUUAAAUACAUAUACCGAGUCGCUGAUAUAUCUUGGCUCGUUUUCCGCCGCUCUCUCGUGUCCGGUCUUCUCUCCUCCUGGAUUCGGGGGGUAAGAGCGCGGGCUCAUAUUCCCGAACAGCGGCUCGUAAUCUUGCCUAUGAUAUAUUGUGGUCGCUGGAAGCAAACAUAUGUGGGAAAACGCUAAGAUUUGCUCAACGGGUAUGGUUCAAAUUUAAUCAUUCACUGGUCUCCUCAUCGCGUUGAAAACCAACUCGAAAAUAAUUUCGGAAUCGGUUCUCUUAUUUCUAUAGUCUUGAAUCAAAAAUGAGAUUUUCUAUACAACAAUAAUCGUAGAUUUGUUUUAAGUUUAACCGUCUUCCUUUUGGUACCCUCUCUUCUUCUAGAUACACCAAAUUAGUAUGUCUUUUUGUCAAGGAAGGGUAUUCGUGUAUAUGGGGUUUCUUAAAAUCACUCGUCAGUGUUCCAGGUGCCCUAAAUCUUUUUUGCUCGUUUAUUUGUUUGUUUUUUUACAAUUGCAGUAAAUACUCGCCACAUUUUCUUUGCCAUAAAUAUUUAAAUCUCAAGAAGAGCGUACCCAACUACCAACUAUUAAACUUUGAAGGUUAGUGAAAUGUUUUACAGUGUCAUACAAUGCUCGUUUGAUUUUAAUCAAGUUUUUUUUUAUGCUCUAGUCUUGCUAGCUGUAAUUGCAAAAGUGACUAUCACUUUGUAGUUAUGAGUUCUCUCCUCUUCUCCUCAACAUUUUCGUUGUAGCAACUUACAUUUGGGAAACAAUGGCUUGAAGAGAACUUAAAAUCUCAUGCGUUCUUCCAUUCAGUACAUUUCUUCGUUCACAGAUUUUUUCUAAUUCUUCCUUGUUGUAUACAAGCUCCCCUCGUGCUUGCUUUCUGCAAUCUUUUCCUUCUUCAAUGUUGUUUACUGUUGGCUUGGCCUUGUUUGAUUACCUGGUUUUCCCCCUAGAAAUUGUGGAUUAUCUGUACCAGCUCUUUGUAAGAGCUAUAUUGGAAGCCGAGGCACAACUGGACAGCGGAUUGCUCAGCGACCAGACAGAGUAG